ACUGGCUUGACCUGUUGGUGCUAGACGCAUGUCUAUAAAAUAAGCGCGGCACAGGUGCUCCUGCAUCAGUCGCCUUCUCUGCAGACCGGGCCACACACAGCGUGCACUCUGCCAGCCAUGUCUCAACAACUGAGCCAACCCAAGCCCUUCACUAUGACCACCAUGACGUCCAUGUCAAACCAAUGGAGCUCGGGCAUUUGUGACUGCUUCCAGGAUUUGAAUUUUUGUUGUUUCGCCUGCUGGUGCCUUCCGUGCUUCACGUGUAAAACGUCAGUGGAUGCCGGAGAGUGUCUCUGUCUACCGCUGCUGGACACCUUUGGGUUCAUCCCGCCCAUAACCACCGCCCUGAGGGUGUCUGUACGUCAGCGCUACAACAUCGAGGGCACAGUCUGCAACGAUUGCGUGUACGCUUGUUGCUGCGGGCCAUGCUCAUGGUGCCAAAUAGCCCGAGAGAUGCAAGUCAGAAGUAAUCCCAUAACAUUUGUCAAUACGGCCGCCUGAAGGGAAGAAAAGAAAAAGAAAAAAACGCCCCCAAGCCAUUCAUUUCGGCGACAUGUUGAAGCCAAAGGCGCCAUGUGUCCAUUUCCUUCAGUGCAAGACACUGACAAUAUCUGAGAUUGCCUCUCUUGGAAUGCCGCAGAGCAGCUGAUUAAAGUUUGGGACAGAUUUAACACACAUAUGGCACGAGAGACUUGACCUCUGUUACAUUGCUAGAGUCCUUUGUAAAUAUUAUCAAGCUGUUGUACACUAAGCCACGUGUGUCCUAAACCUAAAAAUACAAAUAAACAAGAAAACUACAAAAAACAAGAGCAAAAAUAAAGAAAGAAAGAGAGAGAAUACAUUGAAAUGUUGGUACUACUCACACAAAGCUGAGAUGCAGACUGUUUUGAAUGUAACAUACAUCUGAGUGGCUUUUAGACUUACUGUACCCGGGAAUAAUUUAUGAAUAUAAACGUAUAAUAGCCUUUGUUUAGGCAACUA